CUUGUAAAGCCACUCCACGCGUAAUGCGUAUGUAUAGAACUCGCUGACACUAUAAGAGGAGGUGUACUCGUCACAAUUUUCAAACACUACUCGAACACGACGUCGUUGUCCAGAAGAAUAAUUGAGAUAUCCGAUAUCGGGGAUAUCCCUCAUGUGUAUCCGCACUAAAUACGUACUACGGUGCUUACGGUGGUGGCCGGACGAGCGAGUCUGUCAUUAGUUGAGAGCAGAUUAGCCGUUCCAGUCUCACUCCUAUCGCUCGUAUCCCGCGUAGAUGCCGUAGACUGGCGUAGAGGAGCGUUCGCGGCCAGCCAGCUGAGCCUGCGAAGAGAGAGUGAGAAAGAGAGUGCGUGCGCGUCGUGGAGGAUUCCAAACUGUCCAAGAAUCCCGAGUCGCAAAUUGCGGCAAUGUGAGCGUCUCUUGGCGAGUCAACGUCGGAUGUCGCGACGUUGUAAAAUUGCGUAGCCAACUUGGACGAGUAGCGCAUUACUUUUGAUACCAAGGUGCGCAAAACUGAAGCGACAGGAUGAUGAUGGGCGAUCAGUUUCGCAGCAAAGUGGAGCAAUACUCACCCAAGUCCUCGCCAAGAGGAGCACGCUCUCCAGUUGUAUCUCGUCAAGAUUCGACAGGAACGCUAAAGACAACCAUUUCUCUUGGCAAGAACCCUUCCAUUGUCCACAGUGGACCGUUUUAUCUGAUGAAGGAACCCCCAGGGGAAAGUGAACUUACCGGGGCAACAAAUUUGAUGGCUUAUUAUGGCCUGGAACACUCCUACAGCAAGUUUAGUGGUAAAAAAUUGAAAGAGCAGCUAUCGUCUUUCUUGCCAAAUUUGCCUGGCAUUAUCGACAGACCUGGGCAUCAAGAUAACAGCUCGCUAAGGUCGGUGAUUGAGAAACCUCCUAUAGGUGGUAAAGAGCUGUUGCCCUUGACCAGUGUACAACUUGCUGGUUUCCGAUUGCAUCCUGGCCCACUGCCAGAGCAGUAUAGGUACAUAAAUCAAGCUCCACAGAGAAAGCACAAAAAUAAGCAUAAGAAGCACAAGCAUAAGCCUGGGGAGGUGCUCAGUGGGCAGGAGACUGCGACGACGGACGUAGGUGGUUCCGAUACGCAUGAAAAGAAGCAUAAGAAGCAGAAAAGGCACGACGAAGAAAAGGAGGCUAGGAAGAAGCGAAAGAAGGAGAAGAAGAGGAAAAAGCAGAAGCACAGUCCCGAGCAUACCGGCAGCCUCACACCGUCGCAGCAUUCCAAUUCGUGAUCUCUAAUCUGUCCUUUUCAACUCAUGCCAAAUUUUUCAUCGAAACUUUCAAGAGCGUCAUGUCUAUACUUGUCAGCGCGCUAGGCUUGUAAAUAUAGGUACGAAUUAAUGAUAUAUCGUUUGGCUAAAAAAUAAGUUUGUGCUUGAGCAAUUCGGUAAAUCUAAAUUUCUAUUAGCAAGUACAUGAAUUAACACCCGAAUAUCCCAUAUUUACAUAUUACGAGGAAGAGAACUCUGUCUGCGAAUCAUGUAUAUACGUAAAAUAAGUACUAUAAUCUUUUUUUCAUUCGGAGGAUUGUGUCUGCCGGUGUUUACAAAAAGAGUUUUACACUUGACGAAAUUGUUUGCUCAAUCUUGUUAUUUCGCAUGUUACAAACAAACUGAAAUCUCGACUAUGGUGAAAAUGGUAUUGUGCGUUUUAUUUUUAAAAGUUUUGCCGCACAGGCGAGUUAAAUCGUUGCAAUGAAUAUCGUUUAGUUUGUAUGAUUUUUUACAUAAUGUGCAGUAUAUACGUGUGUGUGUGUGUGUGUAUGUUUUCUUAAGCACACCUUUGCGCAAGCCUUGCAUAUUCGAAAGUUGCCUGUAUCGGUGAAAGGGUAGUGUAAAUUUCGAUCGUGUUACAAUUAUGUUUCUCGAGAUUAAGAUGUAAAUAUACGUAACGGAUUAACGAAAGAGGACUAGACACUGCUCUUUUCUGCAAAGCUCGGUCACAAAGUUCACAAGUGUACAAUUCACGUGCUUUAAGCCUGAUGCGAUGAUGGAUUUAGCAGCGAGGGGCGCGAAAGAAAGAGAAGAAUCGAAUAUAGAUGUAAUAUUUAUAGCGCGAAAGGGGCACAAAGAAUUAAAGUGAUCGAUUUCGCAACAGCA